CGUUUAGUUAUUGUUGUUAGUUGUCAGCUCCGUUAAUUAGGUCUUUUAAAAUAGACAUAACAGCUCACAUUGGGAUUGUUUGGCUUAUUUCACUGACAUUGUAGCCUAAAUUGGACUUAGCCCAAAUACUUAGCUCGGAAAGUAGCAAUUUUACAAACUUUUAGGCUCCUUAAGGUAAAUUGACGCUUUUUAUAGAGCUUGCUUGGACUAGUAAUGCCAUCCCGAAGCAGCAGGCGCCGAGCCGCGCAGCAGAGGAGAUGGGCGUUGUGGUGCUUUUCAGGUACCCAAGAGAAGGAGACGGCGGAGAUGGCGACCCAGACGGAGUGGCCGACUUCGGAGAUGGCGAGCCAGACUGAGUGCCUGACCGCGGAGGUGGCGACCCAGGCAGAGCCAGCAACGGCGGAGGCGGCAACCCAGGCUGGGCGGGUGACGGCCGAAGCCGGGAUCCAAGCUGUCUGGGGAACGGCUGAGGCCGGAAUCCAGGCGGUGAGAGGAACGGUGGAGGCUGAGACCCAAGCAGUCUGGGCAACGAGCGAGGCCGGGAUCCAGGCGGAGAGGGAAACUGCGGAGGUGGACAUCCAGGUGGACUGGAUCGAGGCCACCACCAUUGGAUUGCGCCAGAGCACCCAGGCGCAUGUGGCCAGAGGACAGCUGGUCCUGUUCGAGCCUCCGACGGGGACAGUCCAGGGCAUGUGCCAGAUGAUGGGAUUCGAGUUCUCGGAGGUCUUCCGCCAGGGUGUCAUGUGGGUGGAGGUGAAGCUGAGGUGUGAGGAGUGGCGUGAGGGCCCCUACCUGAGGAGGUACUGGUACCUCACCAACACCUGUUACCAGCAGACAGCAGAGGGGAUCGUUGGGCCACACGCCAAUGGGGAGUUGGUCACCGUCGUUGAGCGAUACUGCGGAGGCAUCAUAGGGUUGUACUCCCACAUGCAGAUGCAGAUGACCACUGUCAUGGACAUCGGAGGACUCCUGCAUGCCGAGACAACCACCACGUGCAGGGGUCUGUCCAUGGAUGCAGCUGGGAUGUGGACCCGCCUGGAGACGACCAGCACUCUCCUGAUGCCGCUGGACCUGUUCAUGCCUCAGCCGGACGCUACUGACGACAGUGCUGGACUCCUGGAGCUCGACUGGUAUCCUGGUGACGACGACCCUGCCCCCGCUGACGACGACUCCGCCCCUGACCACGACGACCCUGCUGCUGACGAGGACGACGCUGCUGCUGACGAGGACGACGCUGCUGCUGACGACGACUCCGUCCCUGACGACGACUCUGCCCCUGACGACGACUCUGCCCCUGACGACGACGCUGCUGCUGACGACGACUCCGCCCCUGACGACGACGACGCUGCUGCUGACGACUCUGCCCCUGACGACGACGCUGCUGCUGCUGACGACGACACUGCUCCUGACGAUGACGACGACGCUGCUGCUGCUGACGACGACACUGCUCCUGACCACCACCACGACGCUGCUGCUGACGACGACUCCGACCCUGAUGACGACUCCGCCCCUGGUGACGACAACUCUGCCCCUGCUGACAACGACUCCGCCCCUGCCGACGAGUCUGCCGCUGGUGCUGAAGCUGUUGGUUGCUGUGGUGACCACUCUGCUGCUGCCCCUCUUGCUAGCCAGGUUCCCUCUGUGUUCUACCUCUUCCAGUCCACCGGUCUGGAGGACUUCCACCUGAGGCUUGGAGGACUGAGGGAAGCCUGCACUGUCUUGCUUGCGCAGCCAGAGACGGCCAACUACAUCGCCGUGACAGGGUCCAUGCUCCUGAAGAACAUGGCCGCCCUCAACGGAAAGGAUGCUGGUGCAACUCAGCAGGCCUUUGACGCGUUGGUGGCCUUCGCCCAGACACAGACUCUCACCGCGACCACUGAGCUCCUGGAGGUUGGGGUCCACCAGUUCAACCUCCUGGAUGUGGUCUUUGAGCUUCUCCUCCUCAGAGACUUUGGGGCUGUUGUGCAGCUGGUCCCUCGGGUACAGGGCGGGUUCCUGGAUCAUCUGGCAGCAGUGGUCCAGUCCUUCCUGCCCUCUGAGGCUUGGCCACCCCAGGCAGCGCAGUGCUGGCAGCUCCUGCAGUCUACGGCAGUCUUCUUCGUGGUGGAGAUCCUGUCCCUGGACGUGUCGGCGUACCACCAGCCCCAGCACCUGGCCCAGAGGGUCUUCAGCUGCCUGGAGUGCCGCAUCGACCAGCUGCUGAGCGUGAUGCCCUCCGGCUAAAUCCCUUUCCCCUUUUCAGUUUUUUUCGGGGGGUUUCAUUAAAUGGUUUUAGGGGAAUUUAGGUUUUAAAAGA